AUGGACCCUACAGAGCGGGUCUCCGUGGAAGAAUCAAUGGGAAUGUUUUGCCUUCUUGUUGGCCACGCACAAGGUCAACGCAUCGUUGGGGACCGAUUCCAACAUUCAAGUGAAACAAUUAACCGCCAUGUGAAGAAGGUUAUGUGUGCGCUACAUCAGCUAGGGAGGAUUGUCAUUAGGCGCACAGACAUAGAUGGGGUCCAUCCUUACAUUGCGGGGAACCCCCAUAAUUAUCCAUGGUUCGAGAAAUGUCUUGGUGCGAUGGACAGUACCAUGAUUGACGCUGCUGCACCAUCUAGACUGAGUAACGCGUAUAGAAAUCAUCGUGGUCGAAUCGCACAAAAUGUGCUUUGCUUAUGUGACUUCGAUAUGAAGUUCACGUAUGUAUAUACUGGCUGGGAAGGAACAGCUCAUGAUGCCCGCUUAUUCCUAGAUGCUUCGAGUCGAUCUCGAAAUCAAUUUCCUUGGCCACCGGAAGGAUAUUAUUAUCUUGUUGAUUCUGCGUUUCCAUGCAUUGAGAAGUUUAUGCCUCCCUAUCCACAAGAGAGGCAAGGUAUGCUCGUUACUGCAUGUUGUACACUACACAACCUUAUUAAAACGGUAACGCCGAAUGAUGAAUUCAUUCAGGCUGCAUUGGAGCUUCAGUUUAGUGAAGAAAAUAUGACUGGGGCGGAUAAUGAUGCGGGCGAGACAUCUGAAGUGGUUGACAUGUCCCAUGAGUCAGCUAGCACUAUGAUAGCACAGAGAGAUGGGAUUGCGAUCCCUAUGUGGGCAGAUAGAUUUGGAGAAUGA